AUGAGUGUGGAGCAAAUAUAUGGCUUACUGAGCCGAAAAUUCCCCUGUGGAAACUUUGAUGAGAGGACAUAUAAUCGAACACAGCGCCUCGAGGAGUUAGAACUUAUACGUGGGACUUACAAUAACAGGAUAACCAUGGACUCUCGCGGUGACAUAAUCUCCGCCGAGUUCGUGGCCUUGCCGCACUGUCCCGAGGGAGUUUAUGUUGUUGGAACUGGACUCCACCGCGGGCUACAGUAUCCGGAAAUAUGUGUUUCACAUGAUGCCAACGGUCGCUUCACCUACCUCCUACAUAGACUACCUCCAAUCUUCCUUCGCUUCUAUCUCGGAGAAUCCUACCCUACGGAUCCGAACUUUAGUUUCACACUGGAGUCUAUUUGGUUAUCCUCAAUGUUCAUGGAGUUGGUCUCUGCUCGACUGACAGAAGAGAUGGGCACGUUUAAUGGAGAUUUCGUUGUGAAGCACUGCUGCGAAUUUCUCGAAAACCAGGUUAUUGAUUAUCUGUUUAAGAGCUCUCCAGGCACGCCUCUUCGCAUCAACUUAUUCGAGCUGGAACCGGACGAAGCUUGUGCCGCCGCCGCC